AUGAGCUCUCCUACCCUUUCGCCUGCCCAGGCGCACGCGCUCUUCGACAUCUUAACCCACAACGAGACGUACGCUGAGAUCGAGAACUUCAAGUGGCCCGAAGCCAUCGACAACUACGGACACCCUUUCAAGAAGGAAGACGGCGUGCAGACCACCUCUCCACUACUCCAAUUACUCCUCAACAAAUUCGUGCUGAAAAUUCCCGGGCUCGCGAGUGUGCCAUUAGACUUCUGGCAAGAGAGAUGCCGCACACUGGUUGCGAAGCUGGCCGAGGCGGAGCUCUCAGAGAGUUAUGACAAAGGCGCUAUUGGGUCGAGGAAGACUCUGGCAACCGCUAUAUCUGCGAUACUGGAAUACGUAUCGAGAGGCUGUCUGGGAGGGUACCCUCAACAUGCGCGGCCCGGGCCAGAUCAGCAGUACGACACCUCCAACGCGGACGAUGUCAUGCAGGCAUGGGACGAUGCAAUGCAGGAGAUGAUAUAUGGAGACCUACUAGAUGAGCUCUUCGAUAAGGCUGCAGAAUCGGAGCAUCUAGAAGGCCACUCUUCUCUUGUUCAGGGCGCACACGAAUACAUACUGAUCAACCUAGCGUCCUUUCUACACCAUGUAUUUGUUCUCUCUCCCGAUGGCCAGUACCUCCUCCGAGUUAUCGAGAAUGUGCAUAGGCUUGUUCCAUACUCGAUGGCUAGGCAGACGUUGAAAGUGGGCAAUGCGGCUACCAUGAUCAAUGGAAUGUUGAAGUUGGUGCUCACAAAGCUGAGCGUGACGGCUUUUACGAAUUGGAUAGGCAUAAGUAAAAGUGCGGACGACGGCAUGAACCUACUUCAACAGAUCCUUUCUACAGUCAUGUCGUGGGAUAAUGCCGAGUUCCAAAAACGAGCCAGUCAAAUCGAGAAAAGCAAGGACUUCAUCGACAGAGACCAGCUGAAGAGCGUAAAAUCGCAUGUGCGAGCACCCCGCGAGGAGCGUGACAGGCUACGCAGCAUAAGUAUCGAGCAAUCGAAAUCCAUUGUCACUGUGAUCCUCGAAUCCUCCGAUCCGCCUCUUCCUUCCGAUCUGCCCGAUACAGAGCAUGCAUAUGCUUUGGAAUAUUACAGCACACAUUUGUCGAUAAGGGAUCGAGAAGAACUCACGAAAAUCUUGUGCCGCUUACAGCCAGACCUGCUUACGCAGGCGAUUCGAGAACUCGUCGCAGCCUAUGAUCCAAUCAUCCGAGCCAUUCACAAUGCUGUGGACCUGAGCGGUACUCUGACCGAUCUUGAAAACUUCCUCGCCGAAUUGAUAAAGAUGAGCAAGCCCCAGAAGCAAACCAAUGGUGAGCCGGCUCCGAAAGACGCCCAGCAGUCUCAGUCCGGGGAUCACCUCCCGUCCGUGGAGGACUACGUGACUCUCUUGCGAAAGCACAUGCCCUCAGCCCAUCGCUUUCUUCACCAGAUUGCAAAGAACGGACCAAAAGUUACAGAAACUUACCGCAACUUUGCAAAAGAGGCAGCCGCGGAGUUCCGAGAUCCUAGUCCGCCAGUUGUCGAGGACGACACCAAAGCCUCGGCCCCCGAAGCCACACCAUCCGAGCCUGCUGCAGGAGCCAUGACUGCCCCAUUGACUGCUAUUUUUGGCACGCUUUCUGAUGCGGAUCAGAAAGACGUUCUUACUGUGCUCGACAGUCACGCGAAAUAUCUAUCAGCCCUAAAAUCCUCGUCGGCGGCGCGAAUGAAGUCAAUUAUUGCAAACAAGUCAUCCACAACUUAUGGUCCCGGCAUGUAUCUUGCACGGUGGCACUCUUUGAUCGACGACACUCCCAUCACUCCUGCGACUGCAAACGGGCCGGUGAGAACGGGAAGGGAGGUCAAGGGGGAGAUGGAUCGAAAGCUACACAAUGGAGGGGAACCCGAUGAAACUGGUGAGAAUCUGGCAACCAGCGCCGAAGUGUCAAAUGCACCAGAUGUUACUUUGGUGGUGGAAAAGCUAGGACCGUACUUCAAAGAGGUUCUCAAAGGGAUGGAGAUCAUGGGCUGA